CACAAUGAGGAAAUGAGCACAGCAUUUAUCUGAAAGCCGAGAGUGAAACUAACUGAUAUUCACUGUUGUCGAGAGAAGAAAUGGCGCAGCAAGUGAUUCUGGAUCGAGAAAAACUGAGCUGUUCAAUCUGUCUGGAUCUUCUAAAGGAUCCGGUGACUAUUCCCUGUGGGCACAGCUACUGCAUGAGCUGUAUUACAGACUGCUGGGAUGAAGAGAAUGAGAAGAAAACCCACAGCUGCCCUCAGUGCAGGCAGAGCUUCACACCGAGGCCUGUCCUGGGGAAAAAUACAAUGAUGGCAGAGUUAGUGGAGGACCUGAAGAAAUGCAUUUGUUAUCUUUGCUCCAUGGAUGAUCAUAAAGGCCAUGACAAAGUCUCCGCUGCAGCAGAGAGGGCUGAGAGGCAGAAGGAGCUUGGGGUGAGCCGGGGAAAAGUCCAACAGAGAGUCCAGGACAGAGAAAAGGACGUCAAGGUGCUUCAACAGAGGGUGGAGGCUAUCAAUCAUUCUGCUGAUGAAGCAGUGAGGGACAGUGAGAAGAUCUUCACUGAGUUGAUCCAUCUCAUUAAGAAAAGAAGCUCUGAAGUGAAGCAGCAGAUCAGAUCCCAGCAGGAAACUCAAGUGAGUCAAGCUGAAGAGUUUGAGGAGAAGCUGCAGCAGGAGAUCACUGAGCUGCGGAGGAAAGACACUGAGCUUCAACAACUUUCACACACAGAGGAUCACCUGCAUUUCCUAAACAACUACCCCUCGCUGUCACGUGUGAGUGAGUCUAAAGACUUACCCAGCAUUGAUAUCUGUCCUCUGCGCUCUUUUGAGGAUGUGACCGCGGCGGUGUCAGAGGCCAGAGAUAAACUGCAGGCUGUUCUGAGUGAGGAGUGGAGACACAUCUCCCUGGCAGUGACUCAAGUGGAUGUUUUAAUGCCUCAAGCAGAGCCCAGAACCAGAGCAGAAUUUAUGAAAUAUUCUCGUCAAAUCACACUGGAUCCAAAUACAGCACACAGGCGUUUGUCAUUGAGUGACAGGAACAGAAAAGUAACAACAAUGGCAGUAGAACAGUUAUAUUCAGAUCACCCAGACAGAUUUGAUCAAUGGUGGCAGGUUCUGAGUAGAGAGGGUCUGACUGGACGUUGUUACUGGGAGGUGAAGUGGAGCGGGUUUGUUUGUAUAGCAGUUGCAAAUAAGGAUAUUAGAAGAAAAGGGAACACAGAAGAAUGUGGAUUUGGAUUUAAUAACAAAUCUUGGUCAUUACAAUGUAAGAGUGGCAGUUAUUACUUCAAACAUAACAAUAUUUCUACUUCCAUCUCAGGGCUUCAGUCCUUCAGAGUAGGAAUUUACCUGGAUCACAGGGCAGGGACUCUCUCUUUCUACAACGUCUCUGACACCAUGACUCUCCUCCACAGAGUCCAGACCACGUUCACUCAGCCUCUCUUAGCUGGAUUCAGGCUUCCAUCACUAUUUGGAGGCACUGCUGAGUUGUGUGAGCUCACAGGAGUUUAAAGAGUGACUCGUCUCUAUACAGUAAAUGUUGAGGUGUGUCUGCUGCAGAGAUCAAACGUAAUAGGUGGGCCUGUGAUGUUCUUUCUUAUAUUUUCUGUUUUUAAUGUGUCAAUUCAGUAAAAUGGUGAAAUGGAAAACAAAUAAUUUCUCUUUUUAUUUGGAUUAAACAACCUUGUUUGUUGAAAUUUGAUUCUAUUAUAUAUAUUUAGUUAUAUUUACUAAACAUUGUCAUUAUAUACUGUGCAUGGAAAAACAUUGCAUAUGCAAAAUGUCUAAUCAGUUUUAUAUAUACAGACGUGAUUAUGUAAGAUAAACAAAAGAAAUCAAUAAAACAAAAUCAUGUAUGUAAAAAUGUAUCAAUGGAUUUGGAUCCUUGAGCAUCUGUCAAAUUAAUGUCAUAAUGUCAUGUUUUUAAAAUGUAUUUUUGCUGUGACAUCUUCAUAAUAUGUAUAUUUAAUGUUUACUUUGUAUUACUCUACAUAAAGCUGUUUGUACUGCACACUGUGAUGCUGUUGUACCAAUAUUACAAAAUCACAUCACUUUUCUUUAUUGUACUCAAAAAGUGCUAACACCAUAAAACUGGUAAAAAUGUAAAUGUAACCUUGUGAAGAAGAGUUUGCUCAUCAUCCUUUUAAGAGUGAAUUUAACUCUUUACAUGUUAACAAUCUUUAGGAAACAUUUAUGAAAAGUCAAUGUUCAAAACUCUACAAAUAAAUAAAUAAAUUGAUUGUGAGAAUCACAAAAA